AUGCCACAACCAAAAAAAGUCGCCGGAAAAAAACAAGCUGAGACCAUCAAUCAACGUCUCCAACUUGUUAUGAAAUCUGGCAAAUACGUUCUCGGCUACCGUCAAACACUCAAGGCACUCCGCAACGGACAAGCUAAAUUAAUUCUUGUCUCAGGAAACACACCACAAAUCCGCAAAAGUGAAAUCGAAUAUUACGCUAUGUUAGCUAAAACUGGUGUGCAUCACUACGGAGGAAACAAUAUCGAAUUGGGCACAGCUUGCGGCAAAUAUUUCCGUGUCGGUAUUCUUGCUAUAACUGACCCAGGUGAUUCUGACAUUAUCCGAACAGUACCAGGCGAACAAUCGACUGCCAUUGCAACAGCAUAA